CCAGACACGUGAGACCCUGAGACAUGGAGGCAGCCGUGGCCUUUCCUGCCAGGGUGUGGAACACUGGCUGGUUCUGUAUUUGGGAAUGUAGAGGUCAAGAUAAACAUGGCGUCGGAGCCCAAGAGUGAGCUGACUCUGUGCAGUGCUGACUGCCUGGGCUUCAGUCUCUCAAGCCAGGGCCACAGGCACUAAAAUGCAGAUCCCAGGGCCUACCCAUGACCCCCUGAAACAGAGUGCUGGAGGCAUCUGCAUUUUCCAAGUAACUGGCCCUUUGAUAGCUCUUUCCCGCCGCUCUGAAGUUAACUAGCUCAGUCGUCAGUGCACCCUGCUCUCCAGCUGCGCACCCUCACAGGCCAGGAUGGCAUUCUGUCUGGCCCUACGCAUGGCCCUGCUGCUCCUCCCCGGGGUCCUGGCCCCCGCAGUGCUCACAGCCGAGGGCCCGCAGGAGCCCGCGCCCACCCUGUGGAACGAGCCCGCCGAGCUGCCGUCGGGAGAGGACCCCGUGGAGAGCACCAGCCCCGCGCGGGAGCCCGCGGCCACCGGGCCCCCGGUCCCCACCGCCACGCCGAGCCCCGAGGACAGCACCGCGCGGGAGCGUCUGGACCAGGGCGGCGGCUCGCUGGGGCCCGGCGCCAUCGCCGCCAUCGUCAUCGCCGCCCUGCUGGCCACCUGCGUGGUGCUGGCGCUCGUGGUCGUCGCGCUGAGAAAGUUUUCCGCCUCCUGAAGCGAAUAAAGGGGCGGCGCCUCGGCCGCGGCGCGACUGGCUGCAGCCCCGGGGGCGCCCCCGUGUCUCA